CGUUCAGACUUCUUUGAGACUCCGCUCAAGAAGGUCGUGUUUGCGCUUCGCUUCGUUCAACUUCGGCUCAAGUUCGGUUCGCGCUCGCAUAUUCACAGUAUACACUCGUAUUCGCGAUCGCUUACUAGUACUGCCACUGUGCCCUUUAAGUAAUCAACAAAAAUUUGGAUUAAUUCUCAGCGUACUUGCACCUAACUGCAAAGGCAAUUAAGGAAGUAAUUCGUGGCCAGAGCUCAACUCGUGGACGUUGUCGCGAUGCGGUGCAGCAUGCAAGCACACGAAACCGCUUGAAACGUCGCUGUUAAAGCGUCAACAGCAAUUGCCAUAAUUGCCAUUGGAGCAGCACAGCACAGCACAGCACAUCACAGCACAGCACAGUCCAAUAACCGCUGGACCUGCACAGCACAUAUACCACACAACACUUACCCAUACCCACACCCAUACCCAAACACCCCAUCCCAUCCCGGCACCCGGCACCCGGACCAAUUCGGCAUCAUCGAGUCGAAACUGGCAUCGAAACCCGCCACACGAGCUAAGCUAUCGGAGGCAGGCACACAGAUUGCCGCAAAUCCAGCUGAAUUGUAACAGAGCCGCCGCUUUGCCGCUUUGCAACGCGCCGGAAAAUCGCAAAAAUCGGAAAAUCGGAAAAUCCGAAAAGUCGAGAGACGAAGACCAAGUGCAAGAGCAAGAGCAGGCCAAAAACCAGUGGAGAGAUCAAUGAACGCGGCACGCAGCUGACAAGCAUUCGGUAUCCAUUCGGUAUCCACAUUUCAGCAGCCAGCGGAGCGUAAGAAAAGCGAAACGGACCAGCUUCGCUUUGCUUUUUGGGCGGCGUUCAUCAGCGUUUAAGCGUUCAAGUUCAGGCGGCGCCAAGCAGGAAGUUGUGCGGCUGCGCCUUAAUUGGAGCCAGUGUCAUUACCACCAGGCAACCGACAGCAAACAACAGACAACAGAAAACAGACAACAUCCACCAUUCACCGACGCUCAUCCUGCUCGAUGUAAGAUGUUAGUGGCCAACUAUUCCAACAGUACUUGCAUUGGCCAGAGCACACGCAACACAUGGAGAUGGAGUCGACUGGCGUUGGCCGUUAAUCUGUUUGCCUACUGCUGCUGCGCCUCUUUGGUUGUCGGUGGCGGUUUCGGUGUCGGUGUCGGUGCCACGCCCACCACAGCGGUGACCACGGCCGCCCUCCUGACGGGCCACCAACUGCUGCCCUGGCAGACUUCUGCAGCGGCGGCCACCACGCCCUCCACCGCCCGCAAUUUGUACGCCCCCUACCAGAGCUUUAGCCGGCAGGACGACAUCAGCUUCAAGGAUGUGCGCCAGCGCAGCGAUGGCACGGUGGUGCAGUCCUUCGGUUCCUAUCGCACCGCUCGCCAAAUGGCUGGCACUGCCAUGUCAGCCACCGCCCAGCGAAGAUCGGACGCCGCCGUAGAGAUCGUUCCGGCUCCGUCGGUGGAGCUGCCCCAGAGCGAGCUGAUCACGGUGCCCAGGCAGCUGGUGCCCACCAUGCCGGAGAAUGUGACGCGACGCGAGGGUCGGCGGCGCAACUACAUGUACAUACCGCUGCAGACGGAGGGGGAGAACGGCUCGGCGGGAUCCCUGCUGCAGCUGCGACCCAGCCGGAAUGCCACACUCUCCGCCUUGGGCCCCCCCGCCGACGGAGUGGCCGCCGUGGCCCACGAGUUCGCAGCCGAACUGGCCACUCAGGGCAGUCCGGAACAGCAGCCCCUGGAGCUGGAGCUGGGUCCCGACCGCACCGAGCGCAGUGAUCUCCUGGCCGCCGCCUCCAGUUCCACGGACAAGCUGGAGUACGCCGAGCCGGAGAACACCAGUCGGCGGGUGGGCUUCCAGUUUCCCAGCUACAGCCUCAAGCCCGCCAGUCCCUUCCACCCGCAGGCCUACCGCGAGGACAACCCCAUCUUCGGGGAAACCAGUGCCGGGGACUAUGAACCGCAGCCGUUCAGCGAGGAUGCAGCGGCUCCCGCUCCGCCGCCCACGCAGUUCGAGCAGCACGAGACGCGCCACACACGUCAGCUCUACUUCGACACGGACACGGCCUCCUCCAGCUUCGAGUUCCCCGGCCUGGUGAGCAACGCCAAGCCACAUGGCCUCAAGUUGUACCGUGACGAUGUGACCAAGUUCGGGGACAUCAAUGGACCGAUCACCGCCUUGCCGCAGCAGCGACCGCAGCGCGGAUUCUACUUCGGCGACACCGAGUUCCGGACGGGACCACCCGCCCCGGUGCGCCAAUUUGGGCCGCAGAAGAACUUCCAGGAGUACGUGGGACCCAGCGAGUACCAGGGAUCGCGCAAGAGCCGCUACUACCCGUACAAAUCGUCGCGCAGUCCGCGCGUGGUCUUCCCCACCAACGACAACGUGGGCACCACCGGACCCAGUGGACCCGCAGGCAGCAGCGGACCUUCCGGCAACGGAGUUUACUUCAGCGACAAUAUUGCUUUUAGGGACCAGAACUUCGGCAUCAACGAGCUGGCCGCCGUGCAGGAUGUGCGGAACGACUACAGUCUGCAGGAGCUGGAUAGCGCUUCGGAGGCGACCAGCAGUCCGCAGUCGGCGAGUACGUUCAAGGAGAAAGUCGACAUCACAACGGACACGGAGUGCCAGCACCGGGGCGGUACGUGCGAGUUCUUUUUGGGCUGCUGGCUGUCCGGCGGCCUCAUUCAGGGCACCUGCGACGGACUGCUGCGCGGCUGUUGCCACCGCACGGCCAAGUCGGCCAAUCUGGGCAGCUCGGACUUCGUCGGCAAUGCCGUAGAUCUGACCGAUCUGCCGCAAAAGAACUACGGACCGGUCAACAACGAACCCAGCUGCGGCAUUUCGCUGGCCAAACAAACCGCCCAGCGGCGCAUUGUGGGCGGCGAUGAUGCGGGCUUCGGCUCCUUUCCCUGGCAGGCCUACAUCCGCAUCGGUUCCUCCAGAUGUGGAGGUUCGUUGAUCUCGCGGCGCCACGUGGUCACCGCCGGUCACUGUGUGGCCCGGGCCACUCCGCGCCAGGUGCACGUCACGCUGGGCGACUACGUGAUCAACUCGGCCGUGGAACCACUGCCCGCCUACACUUUCGGAGUCCGGCGGAUCGAUGUGCACCCGUACUUCAAGUUCACUCCGCAGGCGGACCGCUUCGACAUCUCCGUGCUGACGCUGGAACGCACCGUGCACUUUAUGCCCCACAUAGCUCCCAUCUGCCUGCCGGAGAAGAACGAGGAUUUCCUGGGCAAGUUCGGCUGGGCCGCCGGCUGGGGAGCUCUGAAUCCGGGCUCUCGGCUGCGUCCCAAGACGCUGCAGGCCGUCGAUGUGCCGGUGAUCGAGAACCGGAUCUGCGAGCGCUGGCAUCGGCAGAACGGCAUCAACGUGGUCAUCUACCAGGAGAUGCUGUGCGCGGGAUACCGGAACGGGGGCAAGGACUCGUGCCAGGGCGACUCGGGAGGACCCCUGAUGCACGACAAGAACGGGCGUUGGUACCUGAUUGGUGUGGUCUCCGCUGGUUACUCCUGCGCGUCCCGCGGCCAGCCAGGAAUCUAUCAUAGCGUCAGCAAGACCGUCGACUGGGUGUCCUACGUCGUCGGACUCACGAUGAACAUCUAGGGACGACGACUCUAAUUUAUUCUCAUCGCAUUCGCAUUCGCACUCGCACCUGCCUGCUAAGUGGGCCCCAGAUUGUUUUGUACAUAACUCACUUCAUUCUGCUCCCGACACCGACUCCGAAUCCGAAUCCGCUUCUGAUCCACGUCGACUUAAUUUAUGGUUACACAAGAAAUAUAUUAUUAUAAUUUAACAAAACAAAUUAGCGCAGUACAAUUUAGCAGUUAGGAUUGGCUGUGUGUGUCUGCAAGAUACACACGUGUGCGAUAUAUUUGCAAACACCCUAAAACCUUUAAAUUAAUUAUAACUGAUAAUUACGGUUAAAUUUACUUAGUCAUAUGCGCUGUUAUG